GCCGCUCCCCGCCGCUUCGCUUCUAAAUCGGGCAGCUGCGCCGUGCGAACGGGGCGGGUUGGCCUCUGUUAGCGGCAGUGCUUGUGGCUUGGUCCCGGCUCCGAGGCUGGCAGAGUUCGUGAGGGGUUUGGACAGCUCUGUCGGGCACGAGGUGUGGCUCCGGGGUGUCGCGUGCAGGGCCGCUUGGACUCCAUGAUCUUGCAAAAUGUUUUUAACAACAAUAUUACUGCGGAAGAGAAUUCCUGGAAAACAAUGGAUUGGAAAGUACAGGCGACCAAUACAGGUUACCAUUUCGAUGAAGCAAGCAAUGAUCCGAAGGUUGGAAAUUGAAGCAGAGAAUGAAUAUUGGCUCAGCCAACCCUAUCUGACACAGGAACAGGAAUACAAACACAACACAGAAGAGAGACGUGCCAAGUGGGAAGCUUUCAAAAGCCUGAAACAAGCCAAGUUUCCUGAGCACAGAUACAUCAGCGAUCAUUUGAACCACUUAAAUGUGUCAAAGAAGUGGACAUGUUGAACAGUACAGCAUAUUUCUGUUUGGCACAUGUCAUGCACUACUCUGGGAUCUGUCAUACCUAUUAUGGCAAUUCACUGUAAUUAGGGUGGGUGACAAAUGAGACUGUGCUGUGGUGGACAAAAUACUACAUUAAAAGUAGCUCUCUGGAA